AUGGACGAAAAUCAAAUUAGAUUGAUGUUGAAAGAAGAAAAUUCUGAUUCUAACUAUGAAGAUGAAAACGAUAGUGAGGUAGAGGAUUUUGUUGAAAUGCAAGAAGAUAGCUACAAUAGCGAGCAAGAGGAUAAUUUUAAGCAUGAGCAAGAGGGUCAAUCUGCAGAGGAGAGCAAUUCUCAAGGGGAGUCGGAAGAUCAUCAAACAUAUACAAAUUAUUAA